UUUGAUACUCGCUGCUGGCCUCGUACUUUCCACACGUCAACAUCUGAAGCAUCACUUCGGUCGUGCAGGUCUUUGUAAUGUGGUCCCUCUGUGGCAUGGUUGAGGCGGAUUUCAGAAUCUAGCCCUUUUCAAGGUCAAAAUGAAAACUUGAUUUGGCAGUCGUACGAGCCACAGAACACAAUCCCAACAUGUGGCUAAACGAUUCUUUGAACGUUUCUGCCACCGGCAACAUUUCCGGGUCCGAUGACGUCAUAUCCGGCGCCGAGGACAUGUCCCAGACGGGCGAAUACACGACAGGCCAAAUGAUCGCAAUCGUCGUCAUCGUUGCCAUGGUAAUGACUUUAAUCAUCGUCGGCAACCUGACCGUCAUCUUCUUAUACGUUUUCGGCAAACGGAUCAAAAAGCCGAGGAACGCCUUCAUCGUGUCCUUGGCGGUUAGUGACGUCAUGGUCGGGGCGACCAUCAUGCCCUUUUCGCUGUCCAAUGAGCUGCUCGGUUACUGGGCGUUCGGGAAGAUCUUGUGCGACCUGUGGCUCGCCUUUGACGUGAUCGCGUGCACGGCGUCGAUCUACAACCUGUGCGCGAUCGCGCUGGAUCGCUAUUGGUCGGUGACGGACGCCACCUACGUGCAGUACAAGAGUCGGGACCGGAUGAAGAUGAUGCUGUCUGCGGUCUGGAUCAGCGCCCUCGCCGUGGGGAUACCGCCCCUCGUCGGGUGGGUAGAAGAACAGGACUGGGAACACGAGGAAAAACCGUCCUGCGAGCUGAGAACACUGCCUGAGUAUGUGUUCUUCUCCGUGGCGCUCUCCUUCUGGGUACCGCUACUCCUCAUGACGGCGAUCUACUUCGUCGUUCUCCGAGAGACCAAGAAGCGCUUCUCAGCCAGGCUUCAGCGUAGGAAGAUCUCUGAAGAGGUCGCCAAAAGGUACGGACUAAGACGCUCCCGCCGCGGCGUCAUACCAGGGGCCAAAGCCGCCAACAAUGCCAGAAAGGCAACGCUCCCUGCACGGUCCACAAACUCAAGCAAAGAAAGCAACGCUAACAGGCACAGGUGUAGCAUAAUGACGCCCAGCACACAAAGAGUUUCUCCAAAACUGAACCAUAUUGUACGAGUCACCUCUACCUACGUGCGAGAUGUUUCAUCUGUGAACGAGUUUUCAGAUUUCCACCUCGACAUUUUGUACGAAGAAACGGAGUCAAAAACAAAAGCCCCAAAUUCUAUCUCCGACCAUAACACAGAUAACACAUUCAAUGUUGUGUCUCACGAUUCGAAAGCCAACGGCCAAACAAACGCCCUUGCACCAGCAGUUAAAAAGAAUAUCUGCGAUUACAAAGGCGAGGUUGUCAGUCAGGUUUGCCCAGAUGCAAAUAGAAAGCCCGGUAGCAACAGUUUUGAGACAAAAAGCACCCCUAGGGAUGAUAGCGUAGAGGUCGGCAAAAGCGGCUAUGUUGGAUGCAUACCGCUACCAGUACCUGGCACACUAAGAGUCCAUGCUCCGAGUUUAAAGCAAGAGACCCGCUUGAACCUGGUGAUUGGAUUGGUGAUUGGUGCGUUUGCUGCUUGUUGGCUGCCGUUCUUUAGCGUGUACCCUCUCUCGGUAGUGACCAAAUCCCUCGUUCCGGCCACCCUGUUCAAAUUCUGCUUCUGGUUAGGAUACUGCAACAGUUUUCUGAACCCAAUCAUAUAUACGGCCUGUAAUCAAGACUUCCACGAAGCUUUUUCCGAAGUCCGCCGGAAAUUCUUCAAGAGAAACCGCGACGGGAAAGGUCUCGUGAUUGGCCGAAACAAGUGAUUUGAUUAGAAGUCAUUCACAUCAAAGCGCACCGAUCACCAAUCAGCAGAGAUGGCGGGCGGCAUAGACUUCCUGACACUUUUGACCCAUCGCUGACGUCACGCGCCCGUAAGUGCCACGUGACGUGGGUGAUUGGUCUACGAAAUUGUGAGGAAGACCGCAGCAGAACAGUCGAAAAAUUGUUGCGCUCUCUUUUUGACUUAAAUCUAAGGUAAGGCUUAGUGUAUUACCAAAUAUAAACAAAGAUGAACAUUCAUAAAAAUACAAAUUGAAUUUGUAAACAUUUGACAUUUGAAAAAUGGAGACAAGAGAUGUAAUGCAAGAACACAGAUGGAACAAACACACAAAAAAACAGAAAUGAAAUAAAUAAAUGAACAUAUUUGGUUUCACCUUGAAGUUUUAGCGUAUGGCUAAAAUGCUUUAAG